AAUGAUUUCACAGAACAGAAUGUGGAGAAAAGAGAAUCUCUAUCUCUAUAUAAGAAUGCAGAGAAACAGAGUGCUGUGGAGUUUACACAGGAGUUGGUGAAAUAUCUGCCCUAUCUCUUCUCAUUAACAUCAAUACCAGAGGUGGACGAAGCUAUACAGAAAUUCUCCUCGCAGUUCUCUCAAAAGGUAUCAAGUAGUGAGAAGACAAGCUAUAGGGAGGAGACAUCUAUGGUGACAGUAUUAAAUGCUGACAGUAUUUACUCUACCUCAUAUUCUGCUCUCAGUCUCACUUUAAACCUCAAAAUGAAGGGUUACUAUGACAACAAAGAAGCAACACUUAUACCAGUGUCUGAGCGUGAGUUUAUAGACAGUGUAUUAGAUACAGAUAUGUUCCUGUAUCUAUCCCCGGACUGGCUAUCUACUGUAUACAAGAAUGUCCUUGACACUGAUAUAUUAGAAGAGGCCGGCUGGAACCAUGAUGAUGAUGAUUCACCUUUAAUAACAACUUUAAAAGAUAUAGAUGGUGAAGGUAGUCAUGCUAUAGGAGGUCAGAUGAUGCGAGGCAAUAGUUACGAUGACGAGGAUGAUAAUACUUCACCAGCGACUGAUUCUCAACUGGUCAAUGCUGGUAUGUAUAUAUCUGACCAGUGGUGA